AAACUUCCCCAUUUGGAGUCUGUAAACCUGUGUGCCUGUAAGCAUUUAACAGACCGAUCGAUGAAGGCUUUGUGUCGUAACAGCAAACAUUUAAAAGAGCUCAACCUUUCGUGGAUAAGAAAUAUAUCAGAAAGUGCUAUCAUAGACCUAGUGAGGAAUUGUCCUAAUCUUGACCACUUGGAUAUUUAUGACCACAAAGUGUCCCGGGAAGGGAUAGAAACCUUGACGGAAAUGGCCAAGGAUAGGAAUAUAACUAUAGUGUUGAAGGGAUUAACAGACUCUGAAGUAGCACCAGAAAACCCAUGUGCCAAACUUCCAUUUUUCGGAAAACAAUGCCACUGA